CUCUAUUGGCUGGCUCUGCGCGCGAGGCUGCGCGCGGGCGUUUGAAGCGGGAAAAGCGUUGUUGCCAUGGAGACGCGGCUUAAUGGCCGCCGCCGAGCGGCGCCGCGGCCGUGAUUGACACUCACCAAGCACCUUUGAAGACCUUUCCUCCACCUUGAAAAGUGCAUUGAGAAGGAAAAGAUCUUGUGAAAGAGAUUCUCAACAUUUUUGAGAUUGAUAUCUUGGCCUUGGGUUCUAGCUGCUCCUUUCAUCAAACUGAAGAAGCUUCCCAUGGCAGUGCAUACUGAGAGUUGCACAACACCUGUACUGGUUUUACAUCUUAAGCUACCUUAUGCUCUAGGUUGAAGAUGGCAUCGUGCCUUUAUGAAUGCCUUUGUGAAGCAGGACUUGAAAAAUACUAUCCCCACUUUGCUGCCUUUGGUCUUCAGAAAAUCGAUGAGCUUGCCGAAGUUUCCAUGGAAGAUUACACCAAACUGGGGGUCCAUGACAUAAAUGACCGCAAACGUCUUUUCCAGCUCAUUAGAAUAAUCAAAAUUACACUACAAGAAGGCACUGCAGACUUAAGCAAGGAGGAUUUUCAACCACGUGGCCUUUUCAUUCAGCCUCAGGUGACCAAGUCAGGACCCCGUAGACAGCUGCGUUUCGAGUCCUUUUGUGGAGAAAAUGAUGGAACAGUUAAAGACUCUGAACCGGAAUUGUAUCAGUCAGCUGAUUUCAGUGCCAAUGAAGAGAAGGACAGUGUAGAGGAAAUGCUGGGACACAUCCCACCACACAAUCCAGAGCCCAUCAGACUAACUAGAAGAGAUCUAAAUAUUCCUGGAAUUGGUACAAAAAAUGACCUGAACUGUCCAACAGUUUCUGAUGAUAUUGCUCCUCUCCUGGGUGAUUCUGAAGUUCCUAUUGUACAAAGAGUGACUCAUAUUUCAGGGUAUAAUUAUGGACUACCUCAUUCCUGUAUCAGAUCCAAUACUUACGACAAAGAGACUCCAUGGACAGAGAGUGAAAAAAUCAGAGUGUGUGUCCGAAAACGUCCCCUCUGCCUGAGGGAGGAGAGACGUGGGGAAGCAAAUAUAAUCACAGUGCAAGAUCAGGAGACCCUGCUUCUCCACGAGAAGAAGGAGGCAGUUGAUCUUACGCAAUACAUUUUACAGCAUGUUUUUUAUUUUGAUGAAGUCUUUGAGGAGUCAUGUACCAAUGAGGAUGUGUACAUGAAGACAGCUUAUCCUCUCAUUCAGCAUAUUUUUAACGGAGGCAAUGCAACUUGCUUUGCAUACGGGCAGACUGGUGCUGGCAAGACGUACACCAUGAUAGGGAAUCACCGGAACCCAGGACUCUAUGCCCUGGCUGCCCAGGACAUCUUUAGGCACCUGGAAUCAUCACCAUCCAGGAAGGAGCAAGUGGUUCUGAUCAGUUUUUAUGAGAUCUACUGUGGACACCUUUAUGACCUGCUAAAUGGAAGGAAAAGGCUUUUUGCAAGAGAAGAUGGCAAGCAUGUUGUUCAGAUAGUUGGACUGCGGGAGGUUCAGGUGGAUUCUGUAGAUGAGCUGUUGGAGGUGAUUUUGAAAGGGGGGAAGGAACGUAGCACAGGAGUUACUGCAGUCAACUCAGAUUCCUCUCGGUCUCAUGCUAUCAUCCAAAUUCAAAUUAAAGACACAACCAACAGGGCAUUUGGAAGGAUAUCAUUCAUUGACUUGGCUGGCAGUGAAAGAGCAGCUGAUGCCAAAGAAACGGAUCGACAAACAAAAAUGGAAGGAGCAGAAAUAAACCAAAGUCUUUUGGCACUAAAGGAAUGCAUUCGAGCAUUGGAUCAGGAACAAGCGCAUACUCCUUUCCGGCAAAGCAAGUUAACUCUGGUGCUGAAAGACUCUUUCAUUGGCAAUUCCAAGACAUGUAUGAUAGCCAAUGUUUCACCGAGCAACCUAGCUGCAGAGCACACCCUAAACACUCUGCGAUAUGCUGACAGGGUCAAAGAGCUGAAGAAAGGGAUUAGAUAUCCUACACCUGUCACAAAAAGGCGUCGCAAAGCUGGAAAUGUAUCUCCAAAGCAUAUCCCAGGCACUCCCUUUUUGCCUCCUGGGGAAAAGAGCUCUCCAAAGAAAGUAAAGCUAGGCCUACAGCAUCCCUCAAGUGCUACAAAACCAAAGGCAUAUCCUGCAACGCUCCAGCCACCUGGUGUCCCUCUUACCUCUACCCCCAAGGGAACUGGGAAAGGACAUGCCUACAUGGGAGAUACGGGCACUCCCUGCUUCCACCACACCACCCCAGUUAAGGGAGUCCUGGAAAUAACAAAUCCCCUGAAGAAAAAUUAUCUAUCCCCCCUCUCUGAAAAGAGCUCCUCGGUAGAGGAUUUCAUUGCCGCAUCAGAAACAGAAGAGAGUGGCCAGCAAGACAAGUAUAUACAAAACAGAACACCUGUCCAGUGCCUGAAAGUUCAGACAGUGCAACCUCUUCAGAAACAAUAUAUUCCUAAUGAAGAUAAUUCCUUUGGAGAUGGCAAUCUCCAAAGUGAACAGGAAUGGGGAAAUACUUUUGCUAAACAGUCUGUUGAACCGUGGACAUACCUGCCUCCAUAUCAGAAAGAAAGGGAAGAGCACUUACGUCUUUAUCACCAGCAGUUUCAGCAACCCCCUAUUCUAAAGCAAAAAUUGAACUAUCAACCCCUUGAGAGGUUUUUAAUGCAGUACAAGCCCGAGGAGAUUCAAGUGAAGCAGGAGCUGAACCUUCCUCCGACUGAAGGGCAGAGCAAAGAGUGGAUACAACAGGAAGAUCUGGAUGACAGUGAUUUCAGUGAAGAUUCUUUCUCACCUGUCUGUAGUCAAAAGAGUGUGAAAAGAGGAAAUAACAGCAAAUCCAGUCAACAUUCAUUUUUUCUUCAUGAAAGAGAGCAAGGAACCGAAGAAGAGCAAAAAGGCCAAAAGCGGCAGGAUUUAUUUUUUAAAUAUUCAGUACCCAUGGAAGAUCACAGAUUAGAUGACAGCUGGGACUGUAGUGAGGGCAGCUCAGAAGCAGAGGAAUCCUUUAAAAAUGCAGGCUGCAGCAAAACUCCUGCAGACUGGAGCUAUGACUUAGCUGUUGAAUUCCCUCCAAGCAAUACUGCAGAAAAACCUUACUGCCUGCAGGAAGAUCCUGCUUGCACCUGGAGAAAUGAGAAGGACUUCCUAGCUGAUCACAAAGAAUACAAGUCCAAACACAGACGUCUUGUUUACUCCAGCGAAGCCACCUUAACUCCAGAAAAGGAUGCUUCAACCCCGUAUGUAUCUCCUGUAUUGAAAUCAGGAACUCCAGAGUGCAAAGAGUUUGAACUCCAGCAUGAGGAGAAGGAAGAAUCCACUUCGGCUAAAAAGGCUGGUCUUGCAGGAGGCGGUGUAAAAUGGAAAGCUCGAAAAAAUGGAGUCAGCCACUCUGUUUCUUCCAGUUGUUCCUCAGACUUCACCUCUGAGCUCAUGGCCCCACUCCUGGUGUCGCCUCUUGAUGGUGAGGACACAACUGAAACAGAGAAAGCGUCUUCCAACCAAGAGAAGCCCCACGGUGAGAAGCAGGUGCCGGACAGUGACGCCCAGAGCAGAUUUGAGGACGAGGACUGGCAGUGCACCAGAGGCAGAUCUAUGACCGACAGCAUGCUGGAGCUGGCGGAGCAGCCCAGCCACGGGGGAAGGCUCUGUGCCCUGCUGGGCUCCUCUCAAGCCACGAAAAAGAAGCUCCCACCCACCUGUGGCCGUGUGAAGCCGUGCUGCUGCCACCUGGGAUCAGUUUUAUCCAAGCAGGGAGUCCGGCGCAGUUUGUUUGGUCGGCAUGACCCUACAGAAACAUCUGCAGCUGGAUCUGCCAUCCCCAGGCCAGAGCCCCCCUCCCAGGAGAGCAGCCGGCUGCUGCAGCCCAAGCCAGGGCUGAGGAAUGAGGACCUCACCCAUCUUGAAGAGCCUGCCAAGUCAUCGUUCGGCAAUGAGGAGACAGGGUUGCUAAAAAACAAGUCAAAGCAGAGUAUUUUUACACAAGAGACUUUUGCUGCAGAUGCAGGAUUUGCAACCAAAGAUAAUAAGCCAAUAGCAAAUGCAAAGUGCCCCUCACAUGUGUCCAGCAGCUGUGCUCCAAGUGCUGCACCAGAGAUGGGGAAAUGGCAGAGGGAAGCCCUAGAAAAGGCACAAAAGACUCUAAUUCGUGCUCAUCAGCAGCAGCUGGAUGAACUGGCACACCUGUGCUUCAAAGAGGAGUGCUUGAUAAACCAGAUGUCAGCAAUGGAUUUUCAGAAUUUCACGGCCACGCUGGAUGAAAUCUUGGUGCUGAAGUCAAAGUGUGUCCAAACAAUGCGAGCCCAGCUUCAGCUCUGUUCAGCCUCCCCUGGCGCUGACAAAUCACUGCAAACACGUCCACCAGUUUAGACCUUCUUUGCUUGCACUGAAGCAGCUACAGGAAACCCCAGCCAGCACUUUGCUGCACUUGGUGCUGCAGAGUGUGGGUGGUAGGGGAUAGUUUUUAGUUUGAUGUUUGUGACUAGUGUGUGUUUUAUGUAAGGAUGGAGAUAAUUCUGAGUAAAUGAGAGAUGACUAAAUGGCACCAAAAGCUUUGUAUUUCAUUAAUACCAGUAAGCCACAUUCUGAACAGUAACAAUUCAGCAGCCUUUAAAUAUUUCACCAAGUAGCAGUCAAGUCGUCUCACAUGUUAAACGCAAUCCUGUGUUACCAAGCAAGGGAGAUAACUUUGAAGCCAGAUACAGGUCAGAACAGAAAUGCUCAAUAGCUACCCAGAAAAGUCUUUGCAAACAAAAGCCAGGAAAGAGAGGAGUUGUUACACUAAGGUGUCUGGACCUUAAGUAUUUGGAAGUCAAGGCAGGGUGUGAAAUGCUGUCAGUUUCAGAAGAAGGAAACCUAUUGUUGAAUUAAAGCUUGGGAUGAACCCUCCAGAGCUCCUGAAAGAAGUUUUGGGUAAGGAGUGGUUUAGCAAGGACUUCUUACCAAAGGUUCCAUCUGGCACGUUAAUAAGCACAUGGGUUUCAUGCUGCUGCCCAGUGGAAGAUGCCAGCAGCUGUUCCUGCAGCACACCACAUCUAAUGCCUGCACUGAGCAGAGUUGAACAGAUUUCUCACAUGAAAAAGGGGCCUGCUUGGAGGCACUUGCCUUCCAGAAGCUGCUGACAGCACUGUUAUGUGAAACUGGUAUUUGAAUCAAGGGCUACAGAGCCAUCAGCUGAAGCUCUGCAGAAGCCCUGGUGCUGCAUGCAUUGCAUCUGAACCACAAAGCCAGCCCACUUGCUUUGAAGGCACAAGUGACCUUGAGCCAUGCUUGCUGACAACAUGCUGUGUGUGUGCUCCCACUCCAAAAUUAGGGCUGUCGCAGCACAUUCAUCCAUCUCUGUGUCUCCUCAGUAAUGCCUGUGGUAGCUCAUUCGAAGCCUGUUCAGUAGCCAGAAAUGCCAAGGGGAAUGGAACACUGCUGUUUGACCAGCUGUGGGUUUUGCUGCCUGCCUGCACAGCCUCCCUGAGGAGCCCAGGUUGGGCUGAGCAGCAGGACUGUAAUUGCAGUGACACUUUGGGAUGAAUACUUGGUGCAAACACUCCCAGGAAUGUCACCCAGCAUAGGCCUGGGGAACAAAAGCAAAUCCCACCUCAUUCCCCUGACUAUUGAGUUGUUUUUAGCACUGGUUAAUCUCCAUCUUGCAGCUGAGACUGGAUUUCUCUGUGGAGCAGAGAGCAGUUUCUCUGGGGUCUGAGGUUAUGGCUCUCAAAAUGGUUCCUGUGUCCUGGUCACAGGCCAGCAGCAAGUCACCUGAACCUGGGUUGGAAGCCUCCCUCACUCACCCAGGGAGAUGAGGCAUCCCAGAAGCAAGACUCUUGGUAUUUCUGCGUGGCACAGAGCAGUGGUGCCCAACAGCCACCAGAGUUGUAAAGCAGCGAGAGAUCAGCACUCUGCUAAAACCACAGGGAGGAGCAAGUGUUUAAAACCACCAAUUCCCUCCACUUUCUGGGGUCAGGGAGAGCUUUCCUGUGAGCAAGGUGAGGGGAAUACAAGGCAGUUUGGUAGUCCUCCUGAUAGCAUAAAUUACAUGUGGGCACUUAGUUUCCCCAGCACAUUCUCAGCGAGCAUGCAGCAAAAACUGCAGUCAGGGAGCAGCUGAGGAUUUUGGCCAGUCAAUUUGAAACCAAAGAAAAGGUCAGACUGUAGGAUGUGAGCACAGGUCACAGGCAAAUGUGAUGCCCAGUCAGAAACAGUGCAAAGGAGGAAAAUUUUCCCUCCACAUACUCUGACAUUUGGGAAAUGAGUGUUGGCUGAUCACUCUUUCAAGUUUUUAAAAAGCAGCUGAGCAAAGUAUGUUCACAGGCAUUUUGAGUGUCUUACAGCAACACACAAAAAUCAUUUGCACAACCCACAGUGCCAUGUCCUAAUCUUGGAAUCUGCAGGCACAGUUGUGACAAGACAGAUGAGUGACCAAAAAUUUCUGUGAGCAGAGGAGAUAUGAGUUAAGUCAGCUGCCAGAUUGGAGCCACCUGUGAAUCCCAUCUGAUCUACUGUGAAAAAAGUCUGGCAGAUCUGAGCCCCAGCAGCAAUUCCCAGAGCAGGAACUAUCUGCUCCCUUGAGGAACAGCCAGGGACACUGAGAAACAACAAAUAAUCAAAACAACAACCACACACAAUUUUCCAAUGUCUGAUACAAUCUUUUUUUUUAAAUGGGUUAUCCAGCCAAUCCACGACUAUACCUUUUUAAAUAUUUUAUUAUGUCUGUUCUCCAAAUUUUAUUUUCUCUACUGAAGGUGAGAGUUGACCAAAAUAAAGAAAUAAAGCAUCUGGCUGUGAAAAGCAGCCCAUCCUUGGCAAUAACAUGGAUAUGCUUGUAGUGCUACACGCUCCAGAUACCAACAAUGGGUUCCUCAUACGCAACAGAAACUAUCCAGCUGUUGUCAGAAAUGGUAACAUUUUUCUCUCUCCUUUGAGGUUUAUUACCUAGUUGCUGCUUUAAUUCUUGUGUGAAAAUGUGCUAAAUGAACAUGUUAAGUGUCAUCCCCUUCCUACUGUUUGAUAUUUCACUGACAACUGCUGCAAAAGGUUUUCACUUCAACUUGAACAUGCAUUAAAGUGUCAUUAAAGCAAUCUAAGAGAUUUAGAGAGCUUGGCCUCAUACCAUCAAAUAAAUACAGAACUAAAAUGGAUUCACUUUUGCAUUCAGAUGCAACAAUGACUAUUAAUGCUUAUUAGCAAAGGCUUGAUACUUUAUUUCAAUAGCUGACAGAAUUUAAUAAAAUUCCGUUUGCUACAGAACUCUGGUGAAAAUCAUUUUAGUAAACAUAAUCAAAAUGUCCAUUUGAUUGACUACAAAAGAUUAAGUGGGGCUGGAAAUCUAUACGAGCUCCCCUUUUCACAGGGCUUGUUAGUGUGGAGAGUUUGAGGAGCCCUGACACACAGCUGGACUGACACUUCCUGGCCUGGAGAGCAGCCACAGAAUGCUGUUGACACAGGCUCUGUGCUCCAACAGAUCCACAGCAGGAGCCACAAGGCCGGCAGCAAAAGCCCUGGGGCACUGGGCAGCCCAACUGCAGGAUCAGGAGCCCUCGGCUGCCAUGGGGGUGAAGGGUGGCUCUGCAGUACCAGGGCCAUUUCCAGGCUGCUGCUGUCCAGAACCAGCAGCAGACAGCUCAAAGAUGCUCUUGUUGAAAGCACAACCACGAGUUUAGGCACUGUCUACACUUCUCACCAGCCUUCCCACCCAGGCACACAGACCUCAGACAGAACCUCUGACAAAGGCACAGCAGGGACAUAAAUCAAUGCGACCUCACAGCCUAAGGAAAAGCUCAGAAGUUGUGAGAGUGACCAGGGAUGCAGCCAAUCUCACCAGCCAGCAGCAGGGCAGAGCCCAGCCUCACUCCCACCAGGACCUCCCCCAAGCCCCAAUGAACUGUGCCUGGACAGUACCAGAUUAACAAGUGCUGCACAGCACCCUGAACAUUGAACUCUGGUCACAUGGGGUCUCUUGUUACACAUUCAUUCAGCGGUUCCUCUUGUCUAAGCCACCCCCUAAUCCACUCACUUUGUGCUAUUUUCUUCUCUGAGAUGCCAACAUACCAAUACCCUUCAUGCCUUCAGCCACCCAAGGAUUUAAAUCCAGAAACAUCACUGCCAAAGCAAGAGUAGCGUCCCCAGGGUAGAUUUGGGUGGGCAUGCCUCUCUGAAAUAAGACCUUGCAUCUUCACAGCUGCCACAGCUGCCAUCUUCACCUCCCCAAGAGUUCCAAAAGCAGAGCAAUUGUUCUGUGGGGUUAAGAGCCAGACCUUUAGAGGAACUGUGGGAAAAAAAAAACCCGCACACUAAUACAAUCAGAGAUUACUUUAUUCAGAGGUUUGGUCUAAAUAGUUGUUUCUUUGCUGGCAAAGACUUCUUGCCCCUUCUGGAAUGUCUGGUACCAGACGGGGACUCACCGGGGUAGCAAUUCUGAGAAAACCAGAACAAGCAACAUAACCGAAUGCUCUCAGCAGUGAUGGCAAAGCAGUUUGAAUUUUGUUUUCAACGUUUUCCAAUUAAUCAGGAACCCCAUUUCCUCACUUCACUGUUGCAUUUCUCACCUGGGAAGGAAGAAAAGCUGGGCAUUACCUGCACUCACAGAGGCAGCAGCUGCUGUCCUACCAGCUGCUGAAUGUCCUUAGACAAUCUUUAUUUCAGCUCCACCACUAGAAAAUGGUGAAGGUCAACACUAUGGGGUAUGUGCAAGGCAACCUGCCCUGCUCCUCCUCAUCAUCCCUCUCCACAUCUAGAUACUUGCGAGCAGAUCCCUCUCUUGCAUCAUUUUAAGUAAACAUUUAAUUCACACAGUUGGGCACCCCACAGAGAAUUCCAUGAGUGCACACUGGGCCCAAAUUAGAUGUUUGGUCAUAGAGAGCUAACAACAUAACGGAGAUAAAUGUCAUCUCCUUUGGCAUCCUGAUGAGCUGAAACCUCCUACUGAAAACCUACACUGGUGCAAUGAGAUGAGACAUUUUGCCUUCCAGCAGUCUGACGCUCCAGUUCCAGGCUCUAACGUGAGUCUGGAUCCCUAGGCUAGGGUUCUGCCACAAAACAAAAAUAAGCCACAAAGAAGCAAAGCACCUUCUACCACUGCAGCUGCAGCCCAGAGACCUCUGGUUGUUCUCCCCAACAGUGUUCACACAUGCCCACAGGAGCUGGCAGCACCUGGGCAGGCAGGAUCCAGCAAGGUCCCCGUCUGCUGAAGUCAAAGAGCAUGAGAGAUGGGAACCAUGACACUGGGAGUUAUAUUUCAGGGUUUUAUUAGUUGUUCUUCUGCAGAAUCAAAAUAUUUAGCAAAUUAGAGAUUCCUCAAGACUGCUGAUAUUUCAUGUAUUUAGAACUUGAUCAAUGUACAAUGUAAU